AUGACCGAGAGACGAAGGUCCAGCAUUGUACAAGUCGAUCGCGAACAAGAUGGUGUUGCUCGCAUUCAGGACUCUGCCAUGCGCAGGCUGUCCUCGAUCAACCCUGGCGUAGUCCACGAAUUCGAGGAAGCAAAGGCUGCCGCUGCUGGAGAACACGAGCUCACCAUUCGAGAUGCCAUCCGACUGUAUCCCAAGGCUAUUAUCUUCUCAAUCAUUUUCUCAACAGCGGUCGUUAUGGAAGGUUACGAUCUCAGCUUAAUGGGUUCCUUCUUCGGUUUCCCACCCUUCCGCAACCGCUACGGCACGCAAGACGAUCCCGACGGCGAUGGUCGUCUGAUCAGUGCUCCGUGGCAGUCUGGUAUUCAGAACGGUGUCCAGGUCGGCUCCAUUAUCGGCCUGUGGGCGAAUGGUAUCAUCUCGGAGAAGUUCGGCUACAGGAAGACUAUGCUGGGAUCACUUGUUCUCAUGAUCGGAUUCAUUUUCUUGCCAGUAUUCGCGCAGAACAUCGAGACCAUCCUUGCGGGUGCUGUGCUCUGCGGGUUUCCGUGGGGUGUCUUCCAGACGAUCACUGUCACGUACGCAUCAGACGUGACACCUGUGGUGCUACGUCCAUACCUGACCUCUUAUGUCAACUUGUGCUGGGUCAUUGGCCAAUUCAUUGCUGCUGGUGUCCUACGUGGCAUGCUCACCCGCACAGACCAAUGGGCUUACAGGAUCCCCUUCGCACUCCAAUGGAUUUGGCCACCUCUUAUCUUCAUUGGCUGCAUUCUGGCUCCUGAGUCUCCGUGGUGGCUCGUCCGACACGGCAAGAUGGACGAGGCCAGGAAGUCGCUCCUCAAGCUGACAAAGGUUGACUCUGGAGUCCCAUUCGACGUCGACAAGCAAAUUGCCAUGAUCAAAGCCACGAACGACCUCGAGAUGGCAAUGUCGGAGGGCACCAACUACUGGGAUUGCUUCAAGGGCAUUGAUCUCCGACGUACCGAAAUCACCUGCAUGGUGUGGGUCACCCAGGCCUUCUGCGGUUCUUCGCUCAUGGGCCAGAGCGUUCAGUUCUACGAGUACGCUGGCCUGUCGUCUGAGAAUGCCUUCAAUUUCAAUCUUGGUCAAUAUGCUAUGGGCGCAGUCGGAACGGUCCUGUCAUGGUUCCUCAUGCCGCACCUGGGUCGUCGAGCACUGUACCUGUACGGCCUGGCUGUUCUCUUUGCUCUCCUCAUGGUCGUUGGCGGAAUGGGAGUGCUUGGAACUGCGAGAGGCCCGUCGUUGACAGCCGGUACACUGCUGCUCCUCUACACCUUUAUCUACGACUUCACUGUUGGACCGGUCUGCUACGCCUUGGUUGCCGACAUUCCAUCGACACGCCUCAAGAUCAAGACAGUCGUCCUAGCUCGCAAUCUCUACAACGUCGGUGGCAUCAUCAACAACGUCAUCAUGCCUCGCAUGCUGUUGCCCACUGAGUGGAACUGGGGUGCCAAGUCUGGCUUCUUCUGGGCCGGUGUCUGCCUUCUCCUCUGGACUUACCACUACUUCCGACUGCCAGAGCCAAAGGGUCGCACCUAUGGCGAGAUGGACGUGCUCUUCGAAAACAAAGUCUCAGCGCGCAAGUUCAGGAAGACCAGAGUUGAUCAAUUCGCUGGUCAUAGCACCGACUUGGCAUAUGGUGGCGCCGGAGACAGCUCUUCUGACAACGAGAAGAAGGCAACGCCAGCUCAUGUAGAUGCUGUUCACUGA